ACUUCACAGAAAGAAUCAAUAUCAGAACAUUUGCGCCCAAGUCGUUCUCGCAGACGGUCGUAUUUUUUCUGUCCUUCUCCUUACAUUUAUUAACAAUGAAUAAAAUUUUAUCCUCAAAUGAAAAUGAACUUAAUAAAAUGAAAAAUAUGAAGAUAAACGACGAAAACGAGAGUUCUAUGAAACAAAAUCAUAUUACACCACGAAAACCACUCGGAACAAGUAUAUUGCAGAAUUCUAAUUUGAAUAUAAACGAUCUGGAUAAACCACUCAAAGAGUCUUCCCAGCUGACAAAAACAGAAAUUCGCAAAAGAGAGGCCCAGGAAGAGCCUCUGUUAAAAGAAAACCCCGGGCGAUUUGUUUUAUUCCCAAUUCAGUACCAUGACAUUUGGCAGAUGUACAAAAAAGCUGAAGCAUCAUUCUGGACAGCAGAAGAGGUGGACUUGUCUAAAGAUCUUGAUCACUGGGAGAAGUUGAAACCAGAAGAAAAGCAUUUUAUCUCACACGUACUGGCAUUCUUUGCUGCAAGUGAUGGAAUAGUGAAUGAAAAUUUGGUUGAAAGAUUUAGUAAAGAAGUUCAGGUGACAGAAGCUCGUUGUUUCUAUGGUUUUCAAAUUGCCAUGGAGAAUGUUCACAGUGAAAUGUACAGCUUAUUAAUUGAUACAUACAUUAAGGAUUCCACUGAAAGGUCUUUUUUGUUUAACGCCAUUGAGACGCUGCCCUGUGUUACUAAGAAAGCUGAUUGGGCCAUGAAGUGGAUUGGGGAUCAUGAACACCCCUACAGUGAGAGGGUUGUGGCUUUUGCUGCUGUGGAAGGCAUAUUUUUCUCUGGCUCGUUUGCUGCCAUUUUCUGGUUGAAGAAGAGGGGCAUAAUGCCAGGCCUAACAUUUAGCAAUGAGCUUAUCAGUCGUGAUGAGGGUUUGCACUGUGACUUUGCUUGCUUGAUGUUUAGACAUUUAGUGAACAAACCUUCUCAGGCCAGAAUUUACGAGAUCAUCACAGAUGCUGUAACCAUUGAGCAAGAGUUUCUUACAGAUGCCUUACCCGUCAAUUUGAUUGGAAUGAACUGUGAACUGAUGAGGAAAUAUAUUGAAUUUGUGGCCGACAGACUGCUGGUAGAAUUAGGAUGUGAAAAGUUUUAUCGUUCUGAAAAUCCAUUUGACUUCAUGGAGCACAUAUCAUUGGAAGGAAAGACAAAUUUCUUUGAAAAGAAAGUUGGUGAAUAUCAGAAGAUGGGGGUAAUGAACAAAUCGCCAACUAGCCAUCAGUUCUCUACAGAUGAAGACUUUUAAAAACAUUGUUUCUUGUAUCUCAGGAUGUUGUUUAAACUAUUUUAAAAGGAGGGGGGAUAAAAUACAUUUUGUUCUGCAUUUCCUUGUAUGCUGGCAUUACUCAUGUUUGACUGUAAAUACAUCAUCCAAUUCAUUCGAAGGUAUUUAACUGUUGUAAGUGUACAUGUAGUUAAGUUUUAUUUCUGCUUGUUUUAGCCCUUUUUUUUUUUUUACCUUGUGCAAUUGGUUAUUAUGCUAUUUCAUCUGUCAUUUCAAAUAUUUUUUACAUACACAUAUAUAUAAUGUUACUUUUAAAAAUUAGCAUUUUUAAACCUCUGGACUGCCCUGUAAAUAAUUUCUAAUUUAUUAAAAUGUGAUAAAAUAUUAA